ACCACAGGUAUCCCAGUAAAAAUAAAAACAUUACACAUAAAUUUCGGUUUCUUACACCUUUUCGUUUGCUUACACUUAGAUAUGACGUAAAACGUACCACCUUAAAUUUAACAUUUUACGACAAUUUGUGUAAAAGGAAGUCCACCCAACCUUGUUUGCGAGAAUCGGCUGUGAGCGACUGGAUCGGCUUGUUACUUAAAGAGCUAAUUUGUUUUUUCGAGUUUAAGUCUCUGCAUUACAUAAUGGCUGAUUUGGAAGCACUAGUUCGUGUGUUAUUCCAUGGCUUUCCAGUCUAUAAACGUUACGUAGAAUCUAUAAGGCAAAAGUAUGAAUUGAGACAUGAGCAUUACUCGACUGAUGAACUCCGCUAUGUCCUCACAGGAAGCUUCCGAGAAGGGUAUCCGGAUAUUAUUUUCAGUGAUGGCGACGUCAUGGUGAUGUUGAACCCUUCUACAGAGAUCUGGUCCUUGGAGACUCAAAUUAGAGUUAUGCAGCCUGUUAGUGAAGCGCCAGCCCACGUCAAGCUAAUCAUUCCUCCAGGUUGUAGGGAGCGCUUCGAAGAGAAAUACCCUACAAUUUCAACCUUCCUUGGUCUUGUCGAAGCCGAGCAAGAUUGUUGCUUUGUGUCAGCUGAGACUGCGAGAAAACUUAACGAGCGAGACUUUCUUCCUGAGUUUAUGGCUGACCAAAAGCCAAGUGCUAAGUGGACUGCUCCAUUAGCUGGCGCUGAGGACAAAAUUUCAGUUUCUUACACCUUUCGUUCGUCAUCGAAGGAUAUUCUGGAAGGAUCUGCGGAGUCCGACCGUGUACCAGCGAUCGAGUGCACUGGAUGGCCGACAAAUGCUUACGAAUGGAAAAUUAGACAGCCAAGAAACUGGCCCAGUGCUGAUGUGGUGGAAAAUAUCACCUCCAGUGGCUUUAUGAUUGUACCAAAGCCUUCCGACCUUUCAGGAGACAUCAGGAAGGAAUGGCGACUUUCGUUCUCGAACCCGGAAGCGGAACUUUUCAAGUGGUUUACAGAAGAGCAAUCCAAAGUUUACUACUUACUACGUUCGUUGUUUGCGAGGCACUUCAAGGAAAAACUAGGAGGAGUAUUAACUUCCUAUCACUUUAAAACAGUGAUGUUUUGGACACUCGAGGAAGAAGAUCCCAGCCUUUGGUCUGAGAAAAGUACCUUGAAUCUAUUGCUGCGAGUUCUUGAGAAGCUCUUACGAUUUAUUCAAGACGGGUUUUGUCCUCAUUUCUUCAUCCGCAAUCACAAUUUGUGUUACAAAACAUCGAAGGUUGCACUUGAAGAAGCUGCGACUGAAAUUGCUCUCUUUUUUCAGGAUCCUUUGGUUGCGUUUAGAAAGAUUGUAAACAAGACGUUUCUGGGGUUGAUACCUCGUCUUGAGUUUUUAACAGUGAAGGUUAAAGGAAGAUUAGAAAGGGAAAUUAUAGGCCUUCCCUCCUUCAUGAAUUUAGAAGGGCAUGGAGAUGUAGAGCUAAAGUGUUUGUGGGAGACCUUGGAAGAUACUGCCAUCUCUAUCAAAGUAUCUCCAGAUGGAGGUGCCCUACUCGAAGUGUACGUUGGUGCUCUUGCACAGGGUCACCAAUUUGCUUUGCCAGGGAUAACUGAGAGCGAACUUUCCAAGAUCAACGUUACUUUUGUGCAAGAAGAUUUCAUUGAGAUGGACAUAGCACAAAUGAAUCAGUCUUUGUUGUUGUGGCUUGAGCUGGGUAAGAUUUCUGUUGACCUCACUUCCAAAGGAACAAAUGACAAACUGUUUUCUUUCUUUUGCAAGGUCCAUACAUUUUUGAAAGAGCAGAAUGGCCCUUUUGAUGAGGAAGGAAAGGAAACUAUGGAUCUUAUCCAAGGUGUUUGUUGCAUUACGGGGACAUUCUUAGCUACGGUCAAUUUUGAUGCAAAGAACAUUUCAUAUCAACAGCUGCAUGAACUGGUUUGUGACUCACUUCCAAUCAAUGGGAAUAGUGCCCAGUCUCCUUGUAAAAUUAUUCUUGCUCUCUUUGUACUUAGUGGUGCAACCUGUAAGAUGGCAAAAAAUUUUCUAGAUUAGAAAGCUCAUUACUGCUAUUAUAAGUUGGGUGCUGUGUGGUAAAAAUUUGGUGAUGGAGUUUUGAACCUAAAAUUAUGAGGUUGUUACAAGAAAUAUUCCUCAUUUGUAGCAGUAAACAAAUCU